UCAGAUGCAAAAAACAAUCCCAAAUCAUAAAACACUCCGCUUCCACUGUCCCCUCCCAAUCUCCGCCCCAUCCGCCGUCGUCCUACGCCCAUCUCCGGUGCCCGCAGCUCUCCUCCCCAUCUUUCCCAUGGCCAUGGCGCUCCCCCUCGCCUAUGCGUCCUCCGUCGUGCAUCCUUUUGAAGCAGGAAGGCUAUCUUUCAGCACCAAGGCCACCAAGCAUAAGAAACAGAUAUAUCAGUUCCGAAACGUUACAAAGGUUCUGGCAUACUAUGGCCUAACAAACCCUCCGUAUAAACUAGAUGCAUUGGAACCAUACAUGAGCAGGAGGACGCUGGAACUGCACUGGGGCAAUAUUCAUCGAGGUUAUUCAGAUAGCUUGAAUAAGCAGCUUGCUAACAGCCCAUUGUAUGGUUGCACAAUGGAGGAGCUUAUCAAAACCACAUUCAACAAUGGCAACCCAUUACCAGAAUAUAAUAAUGCUGCCGAGGUUUGGAACCAUGAUUUCUUCUGGGAAUCAAUGCAACCUAAUGGUGGAAGGUUGCCAUGGGGAGGUGUGCUUGACCAGAUUGAAAAGGACUUUGGUUCAUUCUCUAACUUCCGAGAUGAAUUUGUACAUUCAGCUAUGAUGCUUUUCGGAUCUGGCUGGGUGUGGCUUGUCUUGAAAACCAAUGAAAGAAGACUUUCGAUAGUUAGAACAUCAAAUGCACUUUGUCCACUUGUUUGGGGUGAUAUUCCAAUCAUCAGCCUGGACAUGUGGGAGCAUGCAUAUUACUUGGACUACAAGGAUGACGUGAGCAAAUAUGUUAAUAACUUCAUGGACCAUCUUAUCUCCUGGCAUUCAGCCACAGCACGUAUGGUUCGUGCUGAGGCUUUUGUAAAUCUUGGAGAGCCAAAGAUUCCAGUUGCAUGAGAAGCGAAAGUUAUAUCUUAUGGAGACAUAUUUUGGAUAUUUGACUGAGUGCAGUCUAAAGGUAAUGUGAAAUACCUAUGUUCUCGGUCCUUUAUUUGGUGUUCCUAUAGUUAACAUGAAUCAGAAAGUAUAAACAGUAUUCCUCUGGUGUUCACCUAGCAGAAGUCAUCAGAAGCUUUGAUACUGAAAAACUAAUGUUAUAAACAUGUCAAUGGGGUUUAAUCUUAAGUACAUUUCAUAGAAAUUCCAUGAUAUCUUAUCUCUACUGAUAAGGUACUUGGUCUUGUGGUCUGAAUCACAAAGAAAUUAUUCUUGAGUACAGUAGUACUGUCAGGAGUG